CCCCUUUCACAGUUACGGCGAUAGGUAUAAAAGCGCGCGAUCGAUUGGAAAGUGGGAACACUUUUUAAUACUUUUUUAACAAGAUCGGCUUGUCCCGCAGAGAUGAAGUCGAUUGUCAUCUUAACCGUCUGUAUCUUGCUGGUGUCCGGUGAAAAAUCCAAGAAACUGGUAAAAGAAAAGACAUCUGAGAAAGCUACUCAGGACCUGGAUACUCAAGAAGCCAGGCCAUCUUAUAGCAGUUACCCAGCACCAUCACCCCCAAAGAAUGAAUAUGGACUAGUCCAUGACUAUCCUCCCAGUGGAUACGGGAAAGUUGAAGAUCAACAUCAGGCCGGUGGGUACAGGAAGGGGGUAGAGCCUUCAUCUGGGUAUGGCGGAGGAUACGGUGGAGGUUACGAUAAUCGAGGACCACUGCUUCCCAGUCAAUAUGGAAGGCCUAAAAGUCCUUAUUCAAGUGGCGGAUCCGAUGCCCACCCUGAUUCUUAUGAAAGACCAGUUGGUGGAUAUGGUGAACCGCCAAGCAGUUAUCCCAGGCCUGCAAGUGGACAUGGAAGCAGCUACAGUGGUCCUUCAUCAUCUUCAUCCGGUGGUUACUCAAAACCAGCCAGUGGUUACAGUGGUCACUCUCAAUAUGGAAGUGAUUAUUCCAGACCAUCUUUAUCCGGUGGAUACAGCUAUUCGAAACCAUCUUCGUACGGUCAUUCAUCCAGCUCUUAUGAUGCUGGACGAAACUAUGGAUCUUAUAGUUCAUCCUCUUUAGGCAGCCAUUCACCAUCAGGAUACUCAAAACCACAAUCGGCUGCUCCUAGUCCAUAUGGUGCAUACAGCUCAGGUUAUGCUCCAGCUUCUAGCGCAGGCUAUUCACCACCAUCGUCUCACAGCGGCUACGCUCCUCCACCUUCUGGUAGCGGAUAUUCUGCACCUUCCUACAGUUCUCACUCCGCACCCUCUGCUCAUGGCGCUUACUCUCCUUCUGCACCUAGUGGUUAUGCACCACCUCCAUCUUCCAGCGGCUAUGGAUCAGCUCCAUCUUCCAGCGGCUAUGGAUCAGCUCCAUCUUCCAGCGGCUAUGGAUCAGCUCCAUCUUCCAGCGGCUAUGGAUCAGCUCCAUCUUCCAGCGGCUACGGACCACCUCCAUCUUCAAGCGGAUACGGACCAGCACCCUCUUCUGGGGGAUAUGCACCUCCUCCCCCGGCUUCCAGCGGAUAUGCACCUCCACCUAGCAGUUAUUCUCCUCCUGCUCCAAGUGGCUAUGCAGCACCUUCUCAUAGUGCAUAUGCUCCUCCUUCCCAUAGUGGUUACGCACCCUCAGCUCACAGUGAAUCAAGUUCUUCUCGUAGCAAAUAUUCUUCUUCUUCCCACAGUGGUUACGCCCCAUCUGCCAGAGGCGGUUAUACUUCAGGUGUUUCAUAUUCUGCACCAGCCAGCCCAAGCAGUUAUAGACCUCAGGCUCCUGCCAGAUAUUCAUCAGCAUCUUCGUACGACAGCAACGCUCAACGAAACUCUUAUGCCCCAGAAUCACGCAGCAGAUACCCUGCUCCUCCCCAACCUGCCAGUUACGGUUCAAGGCCUCACAAUGUAUAUUCACAGCCAGCUCAUAGCGGAGGAUAUGGUCCUGCCCCAUCCAGUGCCUAUGGUGCCAGUGCUCGCUCAUCGUCUGCUUACCGGUCGAGUGCAAGCGCGCCAUCCGGUUCUUACGGGCCUGGUGCCCAUGCCACUGACGCUAAUGGCAAAGUAUACAGUGCCGUUACUAAAAAAGAAUACAGCAAAACAAUAGAAACAUACGGAAGUUCUUCAGGACAACUUGGAAGUCACGAAGGAGGUUUGUAUGGUGGGGGAUUAGCAAGGCGAGCAGCACUUCAUGCUGACCAUGGACUGUACGGAGGAGCGAGCUACGGAAGGUCCUAUGAUACUGCCAGAGAAGAUAAGCCACAAUCUUACAGUGAAGAUCAAUCCAUAUACGGCGGAUACGGACAUUUAUAUUAAAACUAAGGACUCUUCAUAUAUAUAUAUCUUAUUUUGGGUUGGUGCAUAGGAUAAUGGGAUGCGCCUUGUGAAUAUGUAGUACAUUGUUGUUUAUACAGUGGUCAUUAUGUUUGUUUUUAACCUGAUAUUGUUUUCUGUUAUUUGUUAUUUUUAUAUUUAUAUGUUUUAUAA